AUGGCUUCGGAAGACUCAGACUAUCCGUGGUUUGCGAGGUUUCCUGACGGGUCCAUCAACUACGGCGCAAUCCCCGACCGCCUGACGCGCCACCCAGAGGUACAGCGCCGAGGAAUCGUCCUUACCAAUACUUUGAAGGCUGGGGCUGUAUACCGCACACUAGCGACGAUUGACCCAUGCUACGUCGUUAAGAUUCUCAACCUUAGCACGGAGGAGCUCGCCAUUUAUCAGCGACUACUUCGCGAACCCAAGCGUCCAAACAGCCACACAGUACCAGUCGAACUUAUCCUCGACAGCCAUCCACUUCUCAUCAUGCCCUCGCUCGGUGAAUUAAUGGAUGUACAUCGAUACAAACAAACUGCGGCCACCCUCGUGGAUGUCAUCUUCCAGCUCGUGGAGGGAUUGGAAUACUUGCACAGCUUACAUAUCGUGCACAUGGAUAUGUGUAUGGAUAACGUGCUCGCUGCAAAUAAUCGCCACGAAGCCGUCCACGGGAACGUUGUCGACAACAGACUGUACAUCAUCGACUUCGAUUCUUCACGCCAGUUCGCACUCGGGCCUGGCGUGCAGCGGGCGAUUACGCUCCCGGAGACCCAGAUUGAGAAGCCCAAUGGCUUGGAGCAUUUCGAUCCUUACGCGUGGGAUAUGUACUGUGCAGGGCGCACUUUAGAAGAGCUAGUGAGGCUCCGGUACCAGGAAGCGAAGAUAGAGCCGCAUUGGCUCGCUAUGAAGUACAUCCGCUGGCUCAUCGGAGACGAAAGAGGAUGCACUGGCGUAUGUCACUGCCGCCCGACGGCGCAUACGGCGCUCAGAGUAGCGGUAAUCCUCCGGUGGGCUGUAUAUGUGACAGACGGCUACGACUGGGUCGUCGACACUCUGCUGCGCUUGUGGCCGACUCGUUCUGACGAGCGCGAGCGCGCAUGA